UACUUGGGCCGAAACCGGCCCAGAAGCGAAGAGGCAGAAGAGGCGCGUGAGAGGCGGAGAAGGAGAGGAGACUAGAGAGAUCUGAGCUCUGGUCAGCCGAGCCAAGCCUGCCGGUCGCCGGAGGAGGCAACGACGACCAUGAUGGCGCCGUCCUUGUCCACCGCCGUCUCCUCUCUUCUCCUCCUCCUCCUCCUAGCCGCUGCUAUCUCCGUCUCCUCCUCACCGCCGAUGCCGGAGGACAGCAUCCGGGUCAUCUCCGCCGAGAAAAGGAUCGACCUCACCAGCCCCAUAGUCAAAGUUUUCCUCACACUAAAGCUCGAGAAUGAUGCCACUGCCCCUGAAGCAUCUCAAGUUCUACUCGCAUUCACACCCACAGAGGUUGAACAUCUUGCGAUUGUCAAGGCGACCAGAGCGGAGGGGAAGCGCAAGAAGAAGAUAUAUGUGCCUCUCUCUGUGAAAGCCUCUGAUCUUGCUGCCGCUCCAAAUGGUGCUCGCCUGUACUCCAUUUUGCUGAGCACUCCAUUGAAACCUGCUGAGGUGACGACGCUGGAAGUAUUUUAUGCUUUGACACACUCUUUGGAGCCCUUCCCAGCAGAGAUCACCCAGUCAGAUCCCCAGCUGGUUUACUACCGUGACAGUGCUGUGCUUCUAUCUCCGUACCAUGUUCUGGAGCAGGUUACCUACAUCAAAAUGCCGAGCAAUAGGGUGGAGUCCUUUACAAGGGUGGACCCCACCAGUCGAGCUGGUAAUGAAGUGAAAUACGGCGCAUACAACAACCAGCUUCCAAACUCGUAUGUGCCCAUACUUGUGCAUUAUGAAAAUAAUCGUCCGUUUGCUGUUGUUGAGGAAUUUGUGCGCAAGGUGGAGAUUUCUCAUUGGGGGAAUGUCCAAAUCACUGAGCAGUAUAAGCUGAAACAUGGUGGUGCUCAGCACAAAGGAGUCUUUUCAAGGCUUGAGUAUCAAUCCAGGCCUUCUAUAAGUGGAGUGUCAUCAUUUAAGAAUCUUCUUGCAAGGUUGCCUCCUCGAGUUCAUUCAGUAUACUAUCGUGAUGAGAUCGGCAACAUAUCUUCAUCCCAUUUGCGUAGUGAUUCGCACAAGUCAGAACUUGAAAUUGAGCCCAGAUAUCCAUUAUUUGGUGGUUGGCACUGCACGUUCACCAUUGGCUAUGGUUUGCCAUUGCAAGAUUUUCUCUUUGAAUCAGAUGAUGGUCGACGCUACAUAAAUCUUACUUUUGGAUGCCCUCUGUUGGAUACGGUGGUAGAUGAUCUUACCAUCAAAGUCGUGCUUCCUGAGGGAUCGACAAGUCCACAAGCUGUAGUUCCUUUCCUGAUGGAACAAUAUCUUGAGACUAGUUAUUCAUACCUUGAUGUUGUUGGAAGGACGACAGUUGUACUAAAGAAGAGAAACGUAGUUGGAGAGCACAAUGUUCCUUUCCAGGUGUAUUACGAAUUCAAUCCGAUCUUCAUGCUCGCAGAACCGUUGAUGCUGAUAUCAGCCGUGUUCCUGUUCUUUGUAGCCUGCAUUGCUUAUCUUCACAUGGAUCUUUCCAUUGGGAAAUCAUAGGCUCCUUGAAAUAUUUAGAGGCGCUCUCCGCACUUGCCCUUCUAAUUAUCACAGUUGAAUCAAGGCUGCCUUUUGUGUUAGUUUGUACGGUUCCCGUGGGGGAGAAGAUGGUCUUUUUGUAGAACGUUGUCGUUGUAGGAAUGGGAUGAUGAGGAUGACUUUAUAUAAGUAUCCAUACUUGAUUGAUCUGCUCACUUAACUACGUUACGUACCGCUUUGUUCCUAA